AUGAAUUACCGAAUUAAUUUCUUGAUUAUCAUCGCGAAUUAUGUCGUGGGUACCUCCGGGUUGUUCUUUAGUGGUGUUGGAGUCUGCACUAAACAACAAGAGGUUACCAUUAAUGGUACCACAUCAGUACGUACCUUGAAUGUUUGCUGUAAGGGAUACAAACCAGAUGGCACUAGAAACAUCUGUACCCCUGUUUGUACCAGAAUGUGUAUACAGGGUACCUGCACAGCUCCGGAUACUUGUACCUGCAAACCUGGGUACUCGCAGGAUUCACGAAAUAAAUACAUGUGUAACGCGGUGUGCUCCCAAGGUUGCUCCAAUGGGUUCUGUGUCUCCCCGGAAGUCUGCCGUUGUAAUAAUGGUUUCUCCCCGAACCCUAAUAAUGAGAAUAAGUGUACCAAGAUGUGUACCACUAAAAGAGGAGAUAAAUCCGGAGCAUGUACCUGUGAUAGAGGUUAUAAUCCUGUGGAGGAUAGUAACUUCUGCGCGGCCAUUUGUAGUAAACCUUGUGUCAACGCGGAUUGCUCCCUACCUGAAACCUGCUCCUGUUGGAAAGGGUUUACCAGGGAUUCUAGGAAUAGGAACCAAUGUAAUCCGAUGUGUAAAGAUGUUGAUUGUACGAAUGCAGUGUGCACUGGGUUGAAUGAAUGUACCUGUAAUGUGGGUUUCAUCAAAGGGGAUAAUAAUACCUGUGUUGAGGAAGUGGUCAAAUGUGACCCUGAUUGUAUUAAUGGAGAAUGUAUUGAGGGGAAGUGUGUUUGCAACAAAGGGUAUGCUUCCAAUGAAGGUGAGAGUCAUAACUGUCAAGCUGUUUGCACCAAGGAGUGUGUGAAUGGGAAAUGUACCAAUGUUGAUGAAUGUACCUGCAAUGAUGGAUUUACCAAGGAUCAAAGUGAUCCAUUCCUGUGUGUCCCAAUGGCAAGUUGUUCUAAACCAUGUGUGAAUGGGGAAUGCUCCGGGGUAGAAACCUGUACCUGUAAGGAGGGAUACCAGGUUGAUCCAUCUGAUGAUUUCAAUUGUCUACCUAUUUGCCUGACCACGUGCCAAAAUGGACUCUGUACGGGACCUAAUGAAUGCACUUGUAAUGAAGGUUUUGAACAAGAUGAAGAUAACCUAUUUCUGUGCAUAAGAAAAUGUGAGAAAGGUUAUGUUCUCCAAGAUGAUAAAAUUACUUGUUCCCCUGUAUGUGCCAACUGUCAAAAUGGUCUCUGCACAGCUCCUGAAGUAUGUACCUGUAAUGAAGGUUAUAUUUCUGAUGAUUUGGGAUCAUGUAAACCCUUUUGCAAAGAAGAUUGUGUUAAUGGUGAGUGUACAGGUCCCAACAAAUGUUCCUGUUCUCCAGGGUACUCCACAAACCCUAACAACCCUAAUGAAUGCCAUGCCAAAUGCUCCAAGACUUGUAUCAAUGGACAAUGCUCAGCCCCGGAUACCUGCACUUGUAAUAAAGGUUAUAUCUUGGACGAGGAUAACAAAUAUGUCUGUAUCCCUACCUGUUCGAAACCCUGUGUGAAUGGGGGUUGCUCCAAGUUGGAUACCUGCAAUUGCUUCAAAGGAUACACCCUUAACCCAAAGAAUAAGUUCCAAUGUGAUGCUGUUUGCUCCAAAGAAUGUAUUAAUGGUCAUUGCUCAGAACCUGAGACCUGCACAUGCAACAAAGGUUAUGAACUUGAUCCUAACAACCCUUAUUUAUGCAACGCUACUUGUCUACAACCCUGUAUCAAUGGGGAUUGUACCAAAGUUGAUGUAUGUACCUGUCAUAAUGGUUACGAAUUGAAUUCUGAAGAUAAAUUUCAAUGUGACCCUGUUUGUGGGGAGGAAUGUAUCGAUGGACAAUGCACAGGUCCGGAUACAUGUACCUGCAACAUAGGGUUUGAGUUGGAAGCAGGUAGUAAGAGUAAAUGUGUACGUAUAGAAAAAUGUACCCAGGAAUGCAUAAAUGGGAUCUGCAAUGGUAUAGAUAUCUGUCAAUGUAAUGAAGGUUAUGUUCUUUCUAAGAAGGAUAAAUUUACCUGUGUCCCUGUUUGCACCUCACCUUGUAUUAAUGGUGAGUGUGUGGCUCCGGAUACCUGUAAAUGUAAUGAUGGGUUACACCAUGACCUGGAAGAUAAAUAUUUAUGCUCAGCAGUUUGUAGUGAACCAUGUAUGCAUGGGAACUGCACAGCCCCGGAAACCUGUACCUGUCAUAAAGGGUACUUCCAAUCUGCAGUUAGUAAAUACCAAUGUGAUCCCAUCUGUACUAAACCCUGUAUUAAUUCAAAAUGUACAGCCCCGGAUACCUGCUCUUGUAAUUCCGGGCUGGAUCCUGACCCAGUUGAUAAAUUUGCUUGCAUUGUCAGCUGUUCCAAACCCUGUAUAAAUGGGGUUUGCUCUGCGAAGGAUACCUGCACUUGCAAUUCAGGAUAUACCAAGGACCUAUUCAAUAAGAUGAAGUGUAACGCCAUCUGUUCAAGUCUUUGUAUUAAUGGUCAAUGCACCGCACCGGAAACUUGUACCUGUCGUGCUGGUUACGCCCUUGAUGACACCAACAAAUACCUCUGUAAACCAGUUUGUUCAGAACCUUGCAUUAACGGUAAUUGCAUUGGUCCCAACAUCUGCGGAUGUUCCCCAGGGUUCAAGAAGACCAGUAAGAAUAUGUGUACCGCCAGUUGUUCGAAACCCUGUAUAAAUGGGAAGUGCACAGGGCCUAAUAUGUGUACCUGUGAUCCGGGAUUCAAACCUGAUGCUGGUGAUCCUAAUAAAUGCAAUGAUUGUGAUGGUAAACCAUGUGCAGAUGCUCCAGUACCGAUUCUUCCAAGUAAAGCCGCAUGUGAAGCUUCCUGUAAAACCGGAAGUAUCUGUAAAACUGAUCCUGUCACCAAAGGUUUCUUCUGUGAACCUCAGUGUCCAAAUGGUAUGGUCUUUAAUGAAGAAACCAAUAAGUGUAUGGCUGCUAAACCAUGCCCACAGGGUUGUGGGAAUGGGGAAUGUCAGGAUGGGGAAUGUAUCUGUAAUGUGGGAUUCAUGGGUGAGACCUGUGAGAAUGAAACCAGCGAAAUUGCUGCUGCAAUGUAA